AUGGGAUAGAUCUGUAAAUUACCUUCAACUCCUGAACUAAAGAUGAAUAGUGAUUCUAAUCAUAUGAAAUAGAUAACUCAUGAAGAAGAAGUUCAAUAUGAAGAAUAAGAAAAUAAAAUAAGUGAACAAAAUUAGUCUUUUUUUCCUGGCAAUCAAUUAUCAAUGCAAUUGUCAUGUACUCCAGAAUUUAGUUUACCUCCUCAAUAAAAUAAAUUAAUUUCAUAGCAAGAUAGCCAAUACACUCCUGAAUUUUUAGCAAUAAGUUAACCUUUUUAAUAAUAAAUGAAUAUAUAUUAAUAAUAAUUUUGA